AUGUCGCUCUUUGGCAACAAGCCCUUGGGUGGCGGCAUCCUGGGCGGCUCGACCAGCACUCCCCAGCAGGGAGCGACGACCGGCGGAGGUCUUUUUGGACAAGCAACACCCGGUGCCCAGCCCGCGAGCACGACGCCUGCAUCCGGUGGGCUCUUUGGCAACUUGAAUCAGAACAAGCCUCAGACCAGCGGUGGACUCUUUGGCGCCUCGACGACACAACAACCGGCGCAGCAGCAGUCUUCUCUGUUCGGCCAGCCUGCGCAACAACAACAACAACAAGGACAACAGCAACAAAUGGGCGGCCUCAGCUUGGGCGGCUUGGGAGGUCUCGGGGCAUCGACAGCGCAGAAGCCGUCCCUCUUCGGUGGUGGUCUCGGCGGCAACCAGAAUCAAACGCAGGCCGGCACGACACUCGGCCAGACUACUACCAAUCCCCUUGCCAGCUCUCUCUUCCCUCAGCAGGGACAGCAACAGCAGAACCAGAACACGAAUAACCAAUCGCAAGCCCAGCAGGGCCAGACCUCUGGCGCAUACUUCGACAGCCUUUUUGCAAAGAGCAAGAGGCAGGGAGAUGGCGAGAGCGGCGUCGAGGACCUCCCCAGUUUGCAGCUCGGCCUGGGUGACCUGCGCCAGCGCCUGAAGAAGCUGGGAACCAAGGCCCAGGAGCGCCCUUCCGAUGGCAGAGCACACUACCUCCUCGCCGCGUCUGGUGUCGACCCCGGAACGGCUGCCAGGGACCUCGGAUCCCUCGACCUUCAGACCGGUCGUGUUGAGAGACCGACUGGCUACUCGCCCGCCGAGAUCGACGUCGAGACUUACCUCGCGAACCUCCAAACGAAGACUACGAUGAGCAUGAUUGCCGACGGUCUCGAGAGAUCCGUUCGCGAUUUUGAUAACUUUCUGGAGGACAACGUGACGAUGGAGUGGGAGAACCAGCGCAAGCGUAUCUACGAACACUUUGGAAUCAAGCCUCGCGAGGAGCCAUCGUUUGGAGGCGCGGCGUCUAUGAGGGAGUCAACCGGCGGCUUUGGUCGCUCGCGCCGCACCAAGAGCCAGGCGGCUGGCGCUCGCUCCGGUAGAGCCAGUGUCCUGGGCAAGUCCAGCAUGCACCGUUCUGUCAUUGGCAACGCCAGCAAGAUCGGCACGCAUCAGCCCGAGUUCUCCGAUGUUGACCGCUCUACCGAUAACGGCGGAUCUCUGACCGGCCACAUCAACACUGACGACAGGUCUCUGCGCGAGAAGCAGAGCAAGCUUUCCGAGAAGGUUCGCAGCCUCAACUCAGCUCGCCUUAUCAACCACCCUUACCCCAUUCUUUCAGAGCUCGCAGACGUUGAGCAGCGCUCUCUCGACCCGUACGCCCCGCAUAUUGUCGAGGCAUACCAUGCCGUUAGAGAGAUUGUCGGUGAGGAUCCUGAAGCCGAGACCACCAUCAAUGGUGCCACGGCCAAGGAGAGACAAUUUGCCAAGAUGUACUUGGACGAGUCCCCCAACUCUUCCAACUCGAUAGCCAUGCGGAAGCGGCUACUCGAGGGUGCCAAUAAGUUCUUGGAGAAGCAGUUCUUGCAGGAAGUUGAAGGUCUUAUUUCAAAACAUCCCCAUGAGGCCAACCUCGGCGGUCGUCCCGAUAUCGUCAGCAAGAUCAGAGCGUAUAUCCGCCUGCGGUCAGCUAGAAAGGAUCUGGUGCCUGACAACACGGAACUUCAGCAAGUCGGUGGAGAAUACGUCUGGGCAAUCGUCUUCUACCUGCUGCGGUCUGGUAACGUUAGCGAAGCGGCCAAGUACGUUAAUGAUAACGGCAACCAAUUCCGCAGCAUCGACCGGACAUUCCAGAGUUAUCUCAACGGCUACGCAUCCAACGAAGACCGUAGACUUAAGAGGACGCUGCAGGACAGGUGCAACGCUGAGUACACUCAAAGAGUUCGUAAUGCUCCCGAUAACUCUAUCGAUCCCUUCCGCAUGGCUUGUUACAAGAUCAUCGGUCGUUGCGAUUUGAAUAACCGCAGCCUUGACGGACUCAACACCGACAUCAAUGACUGGAUCUGGCUUCAGUUCAACCUUGCUAGAGAAGGCGACCGCUCAGUUGAGGUUGCCAGUGAGGCGUACGGUCUCUCCGAAUUGCAGUCGAGCAUCAAGGAGAUUGGUGCUAAGCACUUCCCCAAGUCCUCGUCUGAAGACAACAGCGGCAGUUUUGGCAUGUUCUUCUACCUGCAGGUUCUCUCCGGCAUGUUCGAGGAGGCCAUUGCCUACCUCUAUCCCUUUUCGUACGUUGAUGCCGUUCACUUCGCCAUCGCCCUCGAAUACUACGGUCUGCUCCGGCCUUCCGAUCCGUUCAGCGCUUCGAACGACCUGCGCAGCCUGAACGUCAAGGACCUGGUCCAGAUCAACUUUGGCAGAAUGAUUGGAUACUACACUAGGGACUUCCGUGCCGCCGACGUUGUUUCCGCAGUGGACUAUCUGACUCUCAUCUGCCUCAACAUGGACCUGGCAGGCGAGGCUGGUCGCCGCCACGCCAACCUCUGCUGGGAGGCCCUCCGCGAGCUCGUCCUCGAGACAAGAGAGUUUAGCAAGCUCAUUGGCGACAUUCGGCCCGACGGCCAGCGGAUUCGCGGCAUCAUCGAGGAGCGUGGCCCGCUUAUUGGUCUGACGGAGGAGAACGACUUCAUCAACACCGUCACCGUACAGGCAGCUAGCUUCGCUGACGAGAACGGCCGUACCACCGACUCCGUCCUCUUGUACCACUUGGCUGGCGAGUACGACACCGUCGUAUCCAUUGUCAGCCGCGCCCUGAGCGAGGCCAUCUCUCUCGAGAUUGGUGAGGACCCCAUGCGCCUGAUGCCCGUCAAGCCCCGUGCCGCUGGCCAGGAGGCCGCAGCCGGCAGCAGCCUCAGCCUGGCGUCCAUCGACGACCCCGUCGAGCUAGCGCGUACCAUGAUGUCCAUGUACGAGCGCGAUGCCAUGUUCCAUCGGAAGAUCCAAGACCAGAACAAGGUCGCCUGCCGCGUCCUGUUGGAGAUGAGCACCAUCAAGUCUCUCGUCGAAGCCGGCCAGUGGGCUCAGUGUCUUGACAAAAUCCGCUCCCUGGAGAUCCUCCCCUUGAACGCCAGCGGCGACCCAAGCAUCAUCCGCGCCUACGCCUCAAAGUUCUCGGGCCUAUCCCAGCCCGUCUCCAUCAACGUCCCCAACCUGCUCAUGUGGACCAUCAUCUGCUGCACCCGCCAGCGCGACCAGCUGACCGGCGGCCAGUUCAGCGGCAACGAGGGUACCCGCCGCAUGAUGGUCGAGCAGAUGAGGCAGAUGACGCUCGACCUGACCACCUACACCAGCCAGCUGCGCUACCGCUUCCCACCCCACCUGCACGAGGCUCUUGCCAGGGCCUCGGCAGAGUAG